AUGGGCUUUUCGGAGGCAGUUGUAGUAGCAAUGUUGCUGAUCGUAGCAGCAGCAAAUGUUGAAAAGUGUUGCGGCGGCGGCGGCGACGGCUGCAACUUGUUCUAUGGAAGCUGGGUGGCUGACCCUUCGUACCCUCUCUACGACUCGGCCAGAUGUCCCUUCAUUAACAAAGAGUUCAAUUGCAAGGCCAAUGGGCGCCCUGAUUCCGACUACCUCAAGUACAGGUGGCAGCCCUCUGGCUGUCUUCUCCCAAGGUUUAAUGGGGUAGAUUUCUUGAGGAGAUUUCGGGGAAAGAGCAUAAUGUUUGUGGGGGAUUCCUUGGUGCGCGACCAGUGGUAUUCGCUCGCGUGCUUGCUCUACACGGCAGCCCCCAAUUUGCACUACAAUCUCACUAGAGUUGGAAUGAUUUCCACAUUCACAAUCAUAGAGUACGACGUAAAAGUGUGGUUGGAUCGCAACGUGUUCUUGGUGGACCUCGUGAACGCCAGCGGGGCUACGAUCUUGAAGCUGGACUCCAUCUCCAAUGGCAGUAACUGGCUAGGGAAGGACGUGCUCAUCUUCGACAGUUUCCACUGGUGGACUUACCGAGGAUCCCACCAACCAUGGCAAUAUAUUCAAGUGGGAAAUCGUACUUUGAAGGAUAUGGAUCGAAUGGUUGCCUUUAAUAUUGCACUCGGCACGUGGGGUCGUUGGGUGGACGCCAACACUAAUCCCGCCACGACUAGAGUUUUCUUUCAAGGGAUUUCCCCGUCUCAUUACAACUCGACAGAGUGGGGGCAGCCGGGCGGGACGGAAUGCCAAGGCCAGACGACACCGGUGAUGGGCACGACCUACCCGGGAGAGUAUCCGACGGUGCCGGUGGGGAUAGUUCGGGGGGCGAUAAGCAAGAUAAGGAAGCCAGUAACAUUGCUGGACAUAACAGGCCUAUCCCUGCUGAGAAAAGAUGGGCAUCCAUCCAUCUAUGGGGUUGGAGGUCGCGAAGGGAAUGACUGCACCCACUGGUGCGUUGCUGGAGUCCCUGAUACUUGGAACCAGAUUCUCUACGCUCUCCUUAUCUCCAGCUAAUGCUGAUACUCAAGAGAUCAUUGUUGAAGGCUUUUGAAACACAAAGAGCUAGAGGUUAACAUAUGUAAUAAGGUGGUUGUUGAUGUUAGGCAUUUAGUAGCAUAUAUAUGCCAGCCAUCACACCAUUGGCUUAUUAAUUAAUUAAUGGUCCAUCCAUUUGGUGGG